UCUCCCUGACUUCCCACCUCGCUCCCCUGGGGCUACAAAGGAGAGGGAAGGAGGACUAGCAGAGGCAGCAGAGGCCGCUAGCCCACCCCAGGGUCAGUCACUGCUUUGCCUCCUACUGCCCUUCCAUGGACCGAAACGGCACCGGCUACCGCAUGGGUGACAUGGGUACCAAGAGCAAAGGCUGCUGGUACUACCUGAAAUAUUUCUUCCUCUUUGUCUCACUCAUCCAGUUCCUCAUCAUCCUGGGGCUGGUACUGUUCAUGGUCUAUGGCAACCCUCAGGUGGGCACGGAGGAACAUCUGCACCAGGUAACCCAGAAGAAUGAGGCGCUUUACAGCAAGAAUGUGAAGUUGCUCCAGCUCAACACCAACAUCUCCAAGGAGCUCAACCUCACACGGAAGUCACGGGAGGAAUUCAUGCAGAUGUUGGUCAACAGCCGGAGGGAGCAGGACCGGAUCAAUGCCAGCUUCAAGCAGUGCCAGGUGGACCGGAUACAAUGCCAGGUCAACAUGAAGUACACGGUGUACAUCGUGAAAGAGGAAGAGAUCUGCAAACAGGACCUGAAGGAACUGAACAACACUCAUAUCACCUUGAAGCUCCACUUCAGCGAGAAGGUCAAGAAGAUAGAACAGGAUAAGGAGAACCUGCAGACCAUGUGGACCAAGCAGAAGGAGGAAUUUCUGGCAGAGAAGAACAUCGGCCAGAAAAACUGGGAGAGCUGCAAAGAGGAGUCGAUCCGGCAGCUUCAAGAAUUGCAGAGGCAACAGGGCCAGAUCCAGUUCCUCCAGAAUGGGUGCCUGAAGCUGAAUGACAAAUUAUCCUUGGAACUGAAGACUCUGUGGCAGGAAUCCAUCAUCCCCAAGUCCCUGAACAAUAUGUUCAGCUACUCCAACCCAUACAGCCUGCCCGUGAACUACGUCACGGACUUGAACCUCGUCCGACAGUUCUGCGACACCACACCCAACACCAUGACCACCAAGGUGGGCGAGCUGUUCCAGCAGCUCCGGGUGGACAUCAUACAGAAGGCGCAGGAGAACGCAGACCUCCAGAGGCAGAAAGAGUUGAUCGAGCAGAACCUCCAGGCCUGCCAGAAGUCUAAGGAGGCCAACCAGAAGGAGGCAGUGUCUAAGUACCAGCAGCUGCAGACUGACUGCACAAAGCAGGGUGGCCUGGCACUGGAGGAGAAGAUGGCAUUGCGCAAGGAGAAGGAGGGGCUGCUAAAACAGCUGGAGGAGAAGGAGCGGCAGCUGGCAGCUGCCAAUACCCAAGUGGCGAUCAAGACCAGCUCCCUGGAAUUCUGCAUCAGAAGCAAGGCAGGCCCCUUGGGGAAUCCGGUGACUCGGACUGGGACCGUUUCUGGAAAUCCUGGGAUCUUAGGGAAUGCUGGAACCAUUGACAAGACCAGUCUGGAGGAAUUCAAGAAGAAGAUCUUGGAGCAGCAACGGAUGAACACGUUCCCAGGAAACCCGCUCGGGCAGCCCAGUGGCUAGUGACCUGGGCUGCAACGGGAGGCUGGAACGUGGAGGAAAAUACAAGGAAGGAAACGGGACUUUACUGACAAUAAUAUUAACCAGAGAUCUGCUUAGCUAUAUAGCACACCCAACUCACAUGCCUGCACAUGCACACACCCAGACCCAGCCAUGCAGUCUCACGCUCCCCCUCACCCCCCACCCUCCAGACACAAACCUACAGGUUCCCAACCCACCCACCCCACUUCCCCGACCUCAGAUACAUGGAAGCCUACACUCUUCUGGAUCCAGAUUCCCCACACCCAAGACGCGCAUGCUCACACACACACACACUCUCUCUCUCUCUCUCCUCCCUCAUAUUAUAUUACGUGCCUAACUUGUCACUGCCUUAUCUGUUAUCACCGACCUAUCUUAACUCCACAAGCUGCUGAAGCCGGGAAAGAACGGGAAGAUAUCAAUCUGGCUGUCAGAGGAGCCGGCAUUGGUGGGUCCUGCCAAGACAAAGGGAGCUCAGCCUGUGGCUGACUGAGACCCUCCAGUUCCUCCCCCAUUCCCGGUCGCCCCCCACCCCCACCCCACCCCUCACCGGGCAGCACGCCAGCUUGAGAAAAGGGGCCUGGAAAAGGGAGAAGGGGGCAAUUGCUGACCACCUGCCCCAAGGCAGGACCUCCGCCCGCCUCUGACUUCACUGUUGCUCUAGCCCCUGCUGGCUACACAGACAGAGCCAGGCUGCCACUUCAUUCUGCCUGCCUCAGAGCAAAGGCUGGAGAAGCAGGAUUAGGGUGAGAGAAGGAGCCAGGGGCCGGGAGCCUUGCUCAGAAGAGAACACUCCUGACGGCUGGCAUGAGAAGUGCCCCGGGCUCCUCUGGGCCUGGCUGGCCCGGGGAGGGGGCCCAGGAUGGCGAACCCCAAGCUGAGCAGCGAACACCACCCAACCUUCACAAUGAUAGGUGGAAGGAGUGUGAAGCACAUGCUCCAGCCUCCUGCCAUGCAAGUGGCUUGCUGCACCCUAGCAUCAGGCCCUCAGGAAGAGGUUUGGUGGAGUUGAAGAGUUAGUCCCAGCUCUGAUGCUUGGGUUGGUGACGAAGGUUUGGGAUGUCCUUAACCCUUCCCUGUUUGCGGAAUCCUCAAUAAACACACCUAAUGCCAACCCCUUGGAA